CUUCCGGUAGGGCCGGAAGUGACCCCGGCAGCGGCAGGUGAAAGUCGUGCGGAUGUCUGCGCUGCGGCACGUCGUGUGCGCGCUGUCUGGCGGCGUGGACAGCGCGGUGGCCGCGCUGCUGCUGAGGCGGAGAGGUUACCAAGUGACAGGGGUGUUUAUGAAGAACUGGGACUCACUGGAUGAACAUGGCAUCUGCACUGCUGACAGAGAUUGUGAAGAUGCUUAUAAAGUUUGCCAAAUCUUAGACAUCCCUUUUCACCAAGUGUCCUAUGUGAAGGAGUAUUGGAAUGAUGUGUUCAGUGAUUUUUUGAACGAGUAUGAAAAGGGAAGAACUCCCAACCCCGACAUAGUCUGCAAUAAGUAUAUCAAGUUCAGUUGCUUUUUCCAUUAUGCUGUAGAUAAUCUUGGAGCUGACGCUGUUGCCACUGGCCACUAUGCCAGAACUUCACUGGACGAUGAGGAAGUCUUCCAGCAAAAGCAUGUGAAGAGGCCACAUGGACUCUUCAGAAACCGAUUUGAAGUUAGAAACCCCGUAAAGCUUCUGCAAGCAGCUGACAGCUUUAAAGACCAGACCUUCUUUCUCAGCCAGGUUCCCCAGGAUGCCCUGAGAAGAACUAUCUUCCCUCUGGGGGGACUGACGAAAGACUUUGUAAAGAAAAUAGCUGCUGAGAAUAGACUCCAACACGUGCUUCAAAAGAAAGAGAGCAUGGGCAUCUGUUUCGUUGGUAAAAGAAAUUUUGAACAUUUCAUUCUUCAGUACCUGCAGCCUCGGCCUGGCAAGUUCAUCUCUGUCGAGGACAACACAGUUCUGGGAACUCAUAAAGGUUGGUUCCUAUACACUUUGGGCCAGAGAGCGAAUAUUAGCGGCUUGAGAGAGCCCUGGUAUGUGGUGGAGAAGGAUGGCAUCAAGGGCGACGUGUUUGUGGCUCCCCAAACAGACCACCCAGCCCUGUAUAGAGACCUGCUCAGGACCAACCGUGUUCACUGGAUCGCGGAAGAGCCACCUGCUGCCCUGGUCCGGGACAAGAUGAUGGAGUGUCACUUCCGGUUCCGCCACCAGAUGGCGCUAGUGCCCUGUGUACUGACUCUCAACCAGGAUGGAACUGUGUGGGUGACAGCAGUGAAGGCUGUGCGGGCCCUUGCCUUGGGACAGUUCGCUGUGUUCUACAAGGGGGAUGAGUGCCUGGGCAGCGGGAAGAUCCUCCGGUUGGGGCCAUCUGCGUACACACUCCAGAAGGGCAAGAACAGAGCCAGAGCAACCCCCGAGGGCGCCGCUGACGGCCCAGGCCAGCACCCCACACCCUGACAAAGGCUGAACUGCUGGGAGGAGGGCUGGGAGUAGAGCCCAGGCUACUGCUGAGCAGAUCGGCUGGCGUUGGGCUUGGUGCUGCCUGGACCACCGGGGCCUGGCCACAGAGUGCGAGCAGCCAGAGGAAGGGCCCCGUCUUCUGGACAUCGGGAGUGUCAGCAGGCCAGAAGCCUAAGGGCCCUAUGUGCAGAGGCCCUCCUUCACAGCACUCCAGGGAAGCUUCUCUGCACGACCCAUGGAGGCUAGCAUGGGAUGCCGGGUCUGCAGCAAAUAAAAGCUUGGAAUAAGGA